AUGAUACUAGAAGAAUACUUCGAACAUGCAUACAUCACUUGCGUUCACUAUUUUGUGAACAAAAAGAUCCACUGGACUGAGAAAUUGUUUUGGGUUUUGUGCAUUCCUGUGUGUAUUAUAUGUGCUUAUUUGGUUGUAUUCACUACCAUUAAAGAUUACAACGAUCAAAUUGCGUCGUAUACAGUUGACACUUCUUAUCUAGAUUGGGUAACUCCGUUCCCUUCAGUCAUAAUUUGCGAACUUAAAAAUGAUGUGAAACUUAAGAAAAUGCUAUCAGAUUGGUUUCCGAAGGACAAAAAUUUUGAUGAAAAGGUUGACUCUCUUAGAACUCUAGCUUUUUAUCAAGGAUCGUUGGAGAAUGUCGCUACUCAUUUGAAUCACCCUGAUGAAGUGGUCAAUAAUAAUUUCUCUUAUUAUACAAAUAAGAUAAGAGCAACCUGUGUGGAAUUAUUAAGUACAUGUUUGUAUAAUGGCGUAAAAUUUGAAUGUUGUGAGGGUUUCGUUCCGGUAGAAACAAUUUGGGGCCAGUGUUACAGCAUAAAUAACAAAUUCAACAAAUAUCAAGGGAAAAAAAAUACGUUCUGGAUUAAAAGAGGUGUGCAUGAAGGCCUAGGGAAUAUAUCCUUUGAAUUGAGGAAAUCCGAAGUUGCAGUAGGUAUAUUUAGUAUCAAUGAAGUUUUGUCUUGGAAAUCUUUGAAAAGCAUGGUUAUCGACAGCCUGUUCUCAAAUUUUGAGUAUACAAUAUACAUCAAAGUGAUUGAAGUAGUGACUUCAGCAGACGCAGUUGCUUUACCGGUGGAGAAAAGACAAUGUAGAUACUCGCACGAAAAUAAUCUAAAACGAUUUCCAUACUAUUCAAAAUCCAAUUGUGAGAUCGAGUGCCUCAUUAAUGCCCAAUUGAAAUAUUGCGGUUGUUUUGCUCACGUAUUACCAACAAGCAAUGCGACAAUUGAAUGUAAUUUAAAAGGUCUUGAUUGUACCCUAAAACAUGCGGCGGAGAUAAAUGAGUUGUUGAAGAGUUGCUUUUGUCUUAACGCUUGUACGGAGCUUGAAGUUUAUUUUGUUGGCUCUGUUCCAAAAUCUCCUACGGAGCACUCGCCAUUUCUCGAAAAGUGGGCAGAAGUUCGUGUAAAUAUAAUUGUUCCAGCCCCGUCUCUGAGGUAUUACAGGACAGUCGUGAAGGGACCAGUGGAUCUUCUUGUUUCAGUUUGUGGGGCACUAGGACUGUUCUUAGGUUGUAGCCUGAUGACUCUCGUACAAUUUUUCUAUUAUUUCUUGAUACGACCACUUGAAGAAUUUGUCCGGUCUUGGAGAAUGAAAAACCAAAAUGAAAGCAAACAAUUUAAGAAUGGCAAACAUACAAUGUUCAAAUCAUUGCAGAAUCCUAACACUGUUAUUUAUCAACCACAAUAUUAUAUAUGCACUGGUGCACCAGUUAAAGUUAAAUAAACCAGUGAAUAUUCACCCAGUUAAAAAAUAUUCUUGUAUUUAGUUAGUGUUUCACUCGAGUUGUCAGCAUUGCAUACGAUUAAAAUAAAUCAUUUGUUAAUUGGGUCGAAAUAUGCGAUAAACAUCAUUAAUCACAAAAUUAAUUAAGAUAAGCGCGGAUGCAAGUUACCCGUCUAUGCAGAAAUAUUAAGAAUAUAAUAAUAAAAGUGGACUGUUAUUUCGAAAUUGUAAUUAUGCCGAAUUCUGCGUUUGUGAAUGAGAAUGAGUUCGUGUUUCGCAAUAUUCGUUGCCCAAAGACAAUGGACUUUCAUGAAGUGUUCUUGUGCGCUAAGGAAACGUAUAAAAUGUGUUUAUAGUGUUCAAAACAAUGGAGUUUUUCGGCUCGCACUAUUAGAAAUUUACAUGAGAUUGUUACGGAUUUGCUGAAGAAAUAAACUUUUUAAUUAAUUUAUGUCUAACUAAUGAGCACACAUAAGCAUAAUCCCGAACAUUGUACUGCAAUAAAUAACAUGCUUGAUUUUUUUUUAUUUCACCUCCAUGUUUUGCGAGAUAGGACCAAAUUGGUUUUUGCAAAGCAACAACAAAGAAAUAAAUUAGAUAGUGGUGGUUUCAUAUAAAUUGUCUGGGCCUUUGGCAAUUAUCCUGACGUUUUAAGAUUAA